AUGGACUUGUUUGACCAAAUUAUUGAUGAGUGGGUGCCCAGGAAGAGGACCCCCCUGGAGAUCAGGCAGUAUGGGGAGCAAGAGGAGGAGAGCGAGGAGGCAGCCAUACGCUGUGCACGCUGCCAUUCUCUGCAGCACAAUGGGCGCGUUAAGAACGAGGAGGCCGAGGCCAUCCUGCCCAGCUUUGACUUUGGCAAGCAGGUGGGGCGUAAGAUCGCGCUGACCAAGUUCCGGAAGCAGAUGCUGGUGGUCGUGGUGGAUGCCGUGGACUUUGACGGCUCCCUCCCCACCACAACCCUCAAAACGAUCCUGGACUUCCAGCUGACGCGUGCCGACUCCAACCCCACCACCUCCCGCUUCUCCCCCGACUUCUCCUUCCUGCUGGUCAUCAACAAGGCCGACCUGCUGCCCGAGUCGCUGCACCGACACCACCUGGAGGCCUGGGCGCGGCAGCGCCUGGCCGCCGCGGGCCUCCCCCGCCCCUCCACCAUCGCCGUGGUUUCCUCCCUGCGCGGCUGGGGCGUCAAGGACCUGCUCAACCGCCUGCAGCGCGGUGUGGGCGGCCGCGGCGACGUCUGGGUGGUGGGCACCCAGAACGCGGGCAAAAGCUCGCUGAUCAACGCCAUGCGCGGCGCGGCGGGGCUGGGGUCCCGCCGCGACGUCACCGCCACGCAUGUGCCGGGGACGACCCUGGGCGCCCUGGCUGUGCCGGGGCUCCUCCCCGCCGGCUGCAAGCUGGUCGACACGCCGGGCAUGGAUCAGGUACACUCCCUGGCCAAGUACCUGCCGGCCAAUGAGCUGAAGAUGCUGCAGCCGCGGAGGGCGCUGAAGGGGCGCACCUUCCGCAUCUCGCCCGGCAAGUCGGUGCUGCUGGGCGGCCUGGCCCGCAUCGACGUCGUGAGCCAGGAGAGAGGGGCCACCCUGUACUUGACCCCGUGGAUCAGCGACGAGGUGGCCUGCUACAUGGGCAAGACCGAGGGCGUGGCGGAGAGGCGCCAGAAGCACCUGGGCAAGCGGCUGUCCCCUCCCACGGCAAAGUCCGGUCCCACUUUCCCGGAGCUGGUCCCCACGACACUGCACCUGCAGGGGUCGGAGUGGAUCCGCAGCACCCGCGACGUCGCCAUCGCCGGCCUGGGUUGGGUGGGUGUCGGUGUGAGCGGCGCCGCCGAGCUCACCGUGUGGACCCCCCCCGGGGUCAAGGUGUCGGUGCGGGAGCCCCUGGCGCGCAGCCUGGCCAAGGACAUGGAGCGGCCGGGGCUGGGGGCCGCCCUGGGCGAAGCAAUGGUCGAGGAGAAGCGGGUGCCGCGCAGGACGCCGGCCGAGAAGGGGCCAAGGAAGGGGCAGACCAUGCCAGCUGCCAAGGAGCAAGGGGGUGCGGUCUAG